AUGGAGAACAGCGAAGUUAAUCCUGAAGGACCUUAUCUUUCAACCAUACUAAAUGUUCCCGCUCCCCAGCGAUUUAUCGUACUCAUAAUACUUGCAAUUUGGAUCUGGACAUGGAUAUUAAGAUUUUUCUUGCAUAAUAAUUUGGACAUAUCCCAAGUCAUACUCACCAGGGUACCGCACGAUAUACGUCCAGGCUAUACUCUACAGCAAUUACAUAGAACAGCUAGAAAUUUUGCUUUAAAAAUAACAAGGAUCAUUAUGCCGUUCCACUUUGUUACAGUGUUUCUUUUUGAGUUCAAGAAUGUAACAGAAGGUCCACUCAAAAAUAUAGUUUUCAUCGUUUAUUUUCUACCAUUUAUUCAAUGUGUCAUCAUAUUCUGGUUCCUGUUGAAAGAAUGCCAUAUGAUAAAGUAUUGCGCCAGGAGAUGUCUGUUUAUAGAACCUUCACCUCGUACCCUAAGGAAUACCUACAUUCUAAUCUCUGACACGUUGACAUCAUUUGCGAAACCUCUAAUAGACUUUACAUUGUUUAGCUCACUGAUUUUUAGGGAGCCCUUCACACAUUUUGACUUAUUUGUAGCACUGUUUCCUGUGCUAGUAAGACUACUACAGUGUCUGAGAGAAUACCGUUUACUGCACGAUACAACUUUACUAUGCAAUGCAUUGAAAUACAGCUGUAACCUUCCUAUCCUUUUUUGCACCUGGAAAUCAAGAGUGUAUGAGGGAUCCAUCAAUAAAGAAAGGCUAUAUCAUAUUCAAAGAUGGUUCAUGCUAUUCAAUUCUUCCUAUACCUUGUUUUGGGAUAUAAGAAUGGACUGGUCAUUGGACUCGUUAACUUCUUUAAGAUCGAGAUCCAAAAGCGCAGUCACAUUAAAGAAAAAAAUGUACCAUUCCGCAAUUGUUAUUGACUUCUUACUGAGAUUUUGGUGGCUAUGGGUAUAUAUAUUCCAAAAUUUGAAGUUAGCAGCCGCUGAUAGCGACUACAUUUUUUUCCAAGGCGAAAUACAGUAUUUCGAAGUAAUUAGAAGAGGCAUAUGGGUCAUUUUCAAAUUGGACGCAGAGUAUUACGUCAAGUUCACAAGCAAAUGA